GAGGGGUGCUUUCGACUGUUGCUUCCAUCUAUGACCCUCUUGGGUUCGUCGCCCCUUUCACAUUGAUUGGAAAGCAAAUACUCCAAACAUUAUGCAAAGACAAGGUCAACUGGGAUGAUGAUCUUCCAGACCACAUUCUACCACGAUGGGAAGCAUGGUUGAGAGACCUGCCUAAGCUGGCAGCUCUGAAGAUCCCACGAAGCUACUCACAAGACAUCAACAUCAUACAGUAUGAAUUGCAUAACUUCUCGGAUGCGAGCCUUGACGGUUAUGGUGCAUGUUCAUACCUUAGAGCAAUAAGCAAGGAAGGACAGAUAAGCUGUUCACUCGUCAUGGGAAAAGCGAGAGUUACACCCAUCAAACAAAUGACCAUCCCAAGACUCGAACUGUCGUCGGCUGUAACUUCAGUCCGAAACGCGGAUGUAAUUAAACAAGAACUGGAAAUCAAAAAUCUACUAGAAUAUUAUUGGACGGAUUCACAAGUCGUACUGGCAUAUAUAAGCAAUGACGCUAAAAGAUUUCACACAUUCGUUGCCAAUCGGAUUCAACGAAUAAGACAAAGUACGAGUCCUGAAAAAUGGCAGCAUGUCAGCUCAGCGGAAAAUCCGGCUGAUCACGCCUCAAGGGGUUUAAAUGCUGCACAACUGAAAGAAUCAAACUGGUUGAAGGGUCCAGAUUUCCUUUGGAAAAAAGAUCUUCCAAUAAAAAAGGAAAUGGUGGGAGAAGUUGAAGGGACAGAUCCUGAACUCCGUACAGGUCAUGCACACACUGUGCAGUCAAAACAAGUGAGCCCUGUUCUAGAGCGUCUAAAGAAGUUCUCUGAUUGGUCGAGAGCUGUAAAGGCUAUUGCCAGACUCAAACGAUGCAUAAAAGAGUUUAAAGGUGUUCAAGAAAGAACAAACAAAACAACAGAUCUUGAAGAGAGAAGAGACACAGAAGUUUUCAUUAUCAAGCUAGUGCAAAAGGAAGCUUUUACUGAGGAAAUACAGAAAAUCAGAUCUCAGAAGGAAAAUUCUCUGCACAAGCAUGACAGACUAAAGCAACUAAAUGCUUUCUUGGACAAGUCCGAUGUUCUCAGGGUGGGAGGAAGAUUGUCCCAAUCAGCCUUGCAUCAUCAUGUCAAACAUCCCGCAAUUCUUACCAAGGAGUCCCACGUAUCAGCUCUCCUCGUUAAACACUACCAUGAACGUGUACAUCAUCAAGGAAGAGGCAUGACCAUAAAUGAAUUACGUGCAAAUGGCAUAUGGAUUUUAGGAUGUGGAAGUAUGGUUUCUUCGCACAUUUACCACUGUGUUAAAUGUAGGCGAUAUAGAAAGACCACAAAUGUCCAACAGAUGGCAGAGUUACCAGAAGUAAGAACAAAAACAGCACCUCCUUUUACAUAUUGUGGUGUUGACUGUUUUGGCCCAUUCAUGGUAAAGGAAGGAAGAAAGGAAGUCAAAAGAUAUGGAUUAUUGUUCACCUGCUUAUGUUCACGAGCUGUGCAUAUUGAAACACUUGAUGACUUAUCAACUGAUGCUUUCAUGAACGCUCUUCGGGUUCUGAUUGCCAUAAGAGGUCCUGUUCGACAACUAAGAUGUGACCAAGGGACAAAUUUUAUGGGAGCCAGAAGAGAGUUUUUGGAGCUAAUGAAGGAUAUGGACCAAGAACCACAAAGAGCUAUUGGUUGUGAGUUUGUGAUGAACGUUCCAUCAGCUAGCCACAUGGGAGGUGUCUGGGAACGGCAAAUUCGAACAGUACGAAGCAUACUAACAGCAAUGUUAGAUAAAUUCUCAAACAGACUUGAUACAACUAGUCUAAGAACGCUCUUUUACGAGACAAUGGCCAUCAUUAACAGCAGACCCUUAAGUGUGGAGUAUCUUAAUGAUCCCUUGGGUCCAGAGCCUUUAACUCCCAAUCACCUAUUAACGAUGAAGUCUUCAGUUAUUCUUCCCCCUCCAGGACAGUUUUGCAGAGAGGAUUUGUACUUGAACAAAAGAUGGAGAAGAGUACAAUUUCUAGCAAACGAGUUUUGGCAAAGAUGGAAACGAGAAUAUCUGUUAAAUCUCCAACAGCGACAGAAAUGGCAAAAAGUUUCACGGAACCUCCACAUUAAUGACAUUGUGAUCCUACAAGAUGAUAAUGCUCCAAGAUGUAAAUGGAAGCUAGCUCUAGUAGUAGAGACUCUAGAGAGCCCAGACGGCAAGGUUCGAAAGGUGAAACUAAAGACAAGUGAAACGACAUUUGACAAAGGAAAACCACUGACAAGGUUGAUAUAUUUAGAAAGACCUAUUCAUAGGGUAGUGACGUUACUUGAGACUAAUACAGAGUAAAACAGACUUUAAUUCUGACAUUCAUUGAAAAAUCACAUUGAAACAAAUUAGUGAUUUUGGUGGGAGUGUAAGUGACAGUGAAAUGAUUUAUUUCUUGGAAAAAUGUAUGUUUAUUUCAGAUUAUGUAUUUUAAGUUGUUUAGUUCAAAUUUUGAGGUUUAUGUAAAAUUAUUGUAUUUUAUUUCUUUUGAAACUAUUUGUUGAAAAGUUAUCGCGAGAUUUGCGUAUAUAAGAAAGGUAGCGAGAUUUGCAUGAGAGAAGGAGCAGAAAUCUGGGAAAGAGUAGCAGUCUCGUAUUUGCUGUAGCUGAAAAGAGUGGACAAAGAAGAAUUAGUCUAUUAAAGACCUCCGAAGUGGCAGGCGGUCACGAGUUUUCACGGCAUUUAUUAAAGAGCCCGUUUUGAAGGAAGCCGUGCCAGUGUUGUCAC